CCAAAAUUAAAAGAAUGACUCGCAAAUGCUGGCAUCCGAUAUCUCAGAAUCCUCGAUCAUCUCUGAUUCUCUUAUUUAGAUUUUUGGAAGUGCUCCAUAUUUAUCUAUUGUUCGUUAAUCAAUUUCAUCUAAUAAUGAGAAUAAUAAUGAUACAAUUAAGUAAAAGUUAAAAUCGAUUUCCAAUUGCUGAUUUGGGGGUUGACUGUAAGAGGUUUGGAAAAUCUUAAUUAUUUUUUCUAUAUAUAAUUAUUCUUCGGUAUUUGAUGUCUGAUGAUUUUGUUGAGUUUUGUUUUAGUGUAAUAGUACUACUGUGUUAGAAUCAAACGGUAUCUGUUGCAGUUGUCAUCAAUUUGGUGGAAAACAGUUGGGAGCAAAUAUACAGUGACAGGAUAUAGGUUGUCAAUGGAGUAUGAAAGUGAAGAGAAUGGUUUUGUUAGUGUUCCAGCUCCUGAGUUUCGUGCAAUUUUUAUGUCAAACAUUGCAACAAAGAGAGACUGCUUUAAACAUAAGGUCUUUGGUCUUCCAUCGUCCAUGGCUAAUUUUGUGAAGGAGGUCAAAAAAGGAAUGAUCCUUUUCCUAUUUGAAUUUGAAAAGAGACAACUUUUUGGAGUGUAUUGGGCUAUCUCAGACGGUGGAAUGAACAUUGUACCCCAUGCAUUUAGUUCUUCAGGGAAGCAGUUUUGUGCGCAGGUCCAAUUUGUGCCGAUUUGGUGUUGUAGUCCUCUAUCAGAAAAUGAGUUCCGUGAUGCCAUUAGGGAGAACUACUUUUCGGCAAGGAAGUUCCACUUCGGUCUGUCUGAUGAGCAGGUUCAUAGGCUUCUUAGGUUGUUUAGUUCAAGAAAGUUAAAGAGGCGUUCCCUGUCAAGAGGAUAUCCAAGGUCAUUGCAUGGAAUAGAAAGAGUCAAAGAUGACAUGUUUCCAAUUGAGCAUAGAGGGAAGGAUGAAGAUAUAAUUGAUUCUGCCGAACAUGUCUAUUAUAAUGAUAAGAAGAGAAGAAUGGGUUAUGAUAGAACCUUAUCGAGGAAUAAUGCUGCAGAAGAUGAGCUUCAUGUUCACUCCCUCACCGAAGAAUUAGGAUUUUCUGGAGGUGAGUGGUCCUCUUUGAGUGACAGGGUAAAGAGGGAGCAUAAAAUCAGAAGAACUGUUCAUGAUGCAAAAGUGGCAAGAGAUCAGAUGGUAAAGGAAAAUAACAUUGGUAGUAAUUUUGGUCUGUGCAGAUCAAAUGAGCACAAUGGAAAGCCUUCAGACAGCAUUAGAACUAGACUUGGUAAUCAUUAUGCAGGUUUUUUAAGUAACAAUUGUGUGGAUAAAACACAUAUCAUGGAUAAUUAUCAUGAGCCUUCCCUUUCUUGGAAGAAUAAAAGUGAUCCCUUUUGGAACAAUGGAAAUUUAAGUGAUGAUUGGCAGAGUUCCUCGGAUGAUAGAGUAGGAAAAAAGAGCCAUUUGGACCCUGAUAUUAAUUCUACAAUUGUGUCUGAACGCUUUGUGAACUCACAAUACAAUCAGAAAGGAAUGUGUAAAAGAUGGUAGAUUUCCUAGAAGAGACAUAAGCAGAAAUGAAUCCAAGUUUCGCACAGGUCUCAGAAGAGAAUUUGAUCAUCAAGAGGCCACUGCUGAUGAUUUGUGCUUCCUUUCUAGGCGUAAAGGAGCAAAUGAAAAAUGUGUUGACAGCUUUCUUAUCCCAGCUGCUUCAAAUGGGAACAACGCCUAUGCCGGAGCUGAAGUUGGUAGUUAUCCAAUGAAUGAUUUUGAUGGAUUGGUUCCUGUUACAGAAAACUUUCAGAGGCCUCUCACAGAGGCUGAUUGCACUGCUUGCUCUCCAUGUCACAUAAGCAUGAGCUCCCUAGUUCUUGUUAUGGACAAAUUGAGACUUAUGAAGUUGAACAGGGCUCAAACUUUAUGCAAAUGCCACCUUCUUCCAAUAUUUAUGGAGAGAAUAACUUUGCAUUGUCUAAAGGUAUAUCUUCUCCAUAUUCCCAUCCAGAAUUUACAAAGAGGGGCCUGGAAUCAGCCUCUGGAGGCAGCAAAAUGAUUCUGCUUCAAUCGCACGAUGAGCUCAACACUCUACCUUUAGACAUUGGGAUUUCUGAGGCAAUGGAACCAAACAGGUCUGGUUCUCUUGGUUAUAGAACUGCUUUCAUUCCAAGUUCAUCUAUUUCUCCACAGUUAACUAGGGAUGAUAUUAGCGAGGGUGAAACUUGGAGAUAUUCAUCUCAAGUUGCCCUCGGUUCAAUUACUAGAAAUUCUAUUUCUGGUAAUUAUCGAUGUGCGUGUGAGAGACUAGGAGAUGAGCAUGUUAUAUGGCAUGGGAGUGAUGCAACUCAUGUUGGAAGAAGAUGUCGCUCUCCUAAUGCUAAUUUGUUAGUCCAAGGAAAUGUUUUGACAAAUCUCGACCACACCAACAGACCUGGAGCAGACAUUGUUAAUGAUGAAUAUGGGAGCAGCAUAUUAACUAGUGUUAUGCGUUCUGAUUCCAGAAAUUCCAGAAUAAGUGUUUUUAGUCGCUUAUCUUUGGCUCCCAAAGUACACAAGCCAAGAGAACAAGAAGCUGAUCAUAGUAUGAGCUUUGAUGAACAUUAUAUGGAUACAACAGUUGAUGAAAUCAUGAACUUGUUAUACAAGAAUCAGAAAAUUGUACCAAAAAAGCCACUGAAUCGAAAACCAUUUAUUCGAGAAGUUGGGAGUGGGGAAUCUAAUAGGUCAGGAAAACAUGCUGCAGUUUUCAAGAAUGACACAGAGCAGCCUGGUGAUUCAAUGACGAGAGUUCUCAGUGAAAGUGCAAAGGAAGUUCUUGAAGAAACCACAAGCCAUGUUCUCGCAGAGACUAGAAUGGUGGAUUUCAAGCGCAGGAGGGAGACAAAUCGAGCUUCAGAACAGACCAAUGAUAAAUCAAACAAAGAAGAAAACACAAAUGCUGAUGAUUCGAGUGUCCUUCAGAAUGCACAAGGAAACAGUUCUCAAACUGCAGUAGUUAAGGAUUCAGCUGAUAAGCCACUCAAGCGUAGAAAGCUUGUGCGUCCAGCAUUUGAUGAAAACAAACUGCAGGAGUGAUUUGAAUCAACAACUUCCCUGUUAGACGCUUGGUACGGUUAAAACCGAGGAUUCAGAUUCGAGCAAAUUUCAGUCUUCUCUCUGAUGAUAAUUUACCAUCUUAUGUGAACAACAAAAUGGUCUCUCCAUUAAUCAUCAAGUUCUCCAACAUGCUAACUUCAAGGGGCUGUUUGCAUAAACUGAAUCUUGGUAUAUGAUGAUGACGAAACUGAACAAGGCAACGCAGUGAUUUUCUACUAAAAUCAUAUAGCGUAGUUUAUGUAGUUCUGGACCUCAAGUUUUGCGUGGGAAUUGUAUUUUGUUGUGCAAAGGAACAAAUUCCACACCUUGUGUAAAUUUGACGUUUGCUUCCUCCAUCAUGUUCCGAGUAACAUGUUCUUAUUUCAGUUA